AAAACGAUGCGGCGAACCAGUGAUUUAAGUUAUUGCAAUGGAAAGGGAAACAGUCCAACGGUUGUGAUGUAACAAAACGAACAAAACGAAAUCAGUUACUAAUAUUUCAAAUGUGAACAUACUGCGCAUUAAAUUGAGUUUCGGAACAAUGGCAGCCAUUUUGCUUUUGCUGGCGGCAAUAGCUUCUGCAUUUGCAGAGGUUAUUUUCAUGCCUACUGCCUCAUCGACCAGCUACCAAAUCGAAACAUUUCCGUUGACUCCAUUUUGGGCCAGCACAGGAUUGUGUCCGCCAGAGCCGCGCAACUCUAGUGGGAUGUUCCUGCUGUCCAGAGAUUCGCUGCUUAAUUUAGAGUUGAUAGCGUCGCUUACAAAGAACGGAGCGAAAAGUGUGCGGAUACAUUGGUUGCUGGAGUUGCUUCAAGUUUCAUUGGAGGAAGGAAAAUUUCGGUAUAAUUUUACUGAACUGGACAGCUUCCUGGAUUCUCUGAAAUAUUUCGGACUAAGCCCUGGCUUCGAGCUGAUGGGUGUGCCUGUUGGUGAGUUGAGCAUGCAGAUCACGCAUUCAGAAUACUUCUGGAAGGAUUUGGUUCAGCAGCUGGUUGAACACUACUUGAAUCGUUACGGCGCGUCAUAUGUCGCCUUAUGGCGGUUUGAGGCGUGGAACGAACCAGACUUGAAGACUUACAACAUGCUCAAUUUUAGCGUCAACGACUACUUGACUUAUGUAACAGCUAUUCGGAUGGGUUUGGAUGCGAUGAUCGAUUCUGCUGGACCAGGUGUAGUACGACUUGGUUUAAAUGGUCCUGCAGGACUUUUCAAAGCAGAAGUACAUCACCCAUUCUGCUGGGGUGUUCUGGAUUUUUGUAAUUCGAUGCCCAACCAGUGCCCUUUCGAUAUAAUCACCUUUCAUCGGAAAGGGAGUGGACGGUGGGCCUCAGAGGUGUUGGAUGGUGCACGAGAAUUGAUAAACGAUAUCUUUACCCGAUUUCCAAAACUUCGUAGGAUGAAGUUCGCUAAUGAUGAAGCUGAUCCCAUCGCAAGCUGGUCUACAGGACGCCCAUUUCAAGCGGACGUUCGCUAUGCGGCAAUGCUGUUCUCCAUAGUAUCGCAGCAUUGGAAUGCGAUGCUUGACACUGGAGACGACUUUGGGCAACAUUUUCUAUUUCUCUCCAAUGAUAACGCGUUUCUAUCGUACUAUCCCUAUGUGUUCGAGCAACGCACUCUGCUAGCCCGGUUCCAAAUGAACGAAACCGUGCCACCGCAUACGCAAUUUGUGGUAAAACCAAUUUAUUCUGCCCUCGGAAUGUUGGGCAGGCUUGGAGAGCGUGCCACCAGAACGUAUUUUCAGAAAGGAAACGUCUCCUACAUCAUUUCGUUCGACGAUCGGUCACCUCCAUCGUACCUGUGUAUUGUGGCAUCACGAUCAAACGAUACCUUCCCAUUGAUAGUGCGAAGGUCGUGGUUCAAUAUUACUUUACCGCUGAGCGUUUUUGGGAGAACCCGCGUGAGUUACCUGAUAGAGGCUCUACAGGAUGGAUUAAAUGAUCCUUUCCGAAUCUGGCAAUGGGAAGGACGACCAGCAUAUCCGUCCGCUAAGCAGCUGGCCGCAAUGCGUGCAGUUCAGUUUCCCAGCGUGCUUAAUCGAGGAGGUGUAGCUGAACCGGUGCAAUUUGACCAAUACAGUGACUCAACGACUCUGUCGGUGAACUUAAGCCUUAGCGGUCCCUGGAUUCUAAGUGUACGUAUCUGCAGCAGCUUAUCCGCCAAUAAUAAGCUCUUCGGGCCCGUGCGACGACUACGAGUGCGUUCGGUUUUUGCAGAUAAUGUGUUGAUCUUCUGGGCAGUACCUAAUAGGGGAAACGUGCGGUGCAUCCAAAAGUAUGAAGUGUGGUUCAGGCCUCUUCAAUCUGCUGUCGGUAAAGAAAAAUGCAAAUGGCGUGCAAUCAACAAUCAUCAGCAUACGCCAUUCACUUUCUUCCAGUAUGUUACCGAUAGUGCUCUUAGUAAGUGGAUUAACGAGGAUCCUGUUCUUAUGGGAGAAGACAGAGCCUGUAGCGGUGUUAGCGGAUACUACAAAGUACGUGUCAUCGAUAUGUUUAAUCGACCUGCUCCGUUUUCGUCAGUCAUUCGUUAUGAAGCGCAUCAGGGCGAAACCAUAUAGGCGAUCAAAUAUGCCAUAAGGUAGGCAGUGCAAUAUAAAUUGAUGUCUUACAGAGGCAUGAGGCCUAAGUGAUUUGCGAUAGAAUUGCGAAAUGAUUUUCGCUCGGAACAAAUCCGAGGAUCGGACAUUUCAACAUAAGCUUUUAGGGUUUCUUUCGUGGUCGCAACUGUUUUUUUACUAUUUUGCAAUUUUCUUUUUUUUCAUAUCAAUGUUUUCUUAAACCACCAUGUUCAAUUUGGCCCAUGAUAUACGUGUGGAAAAUUUGUAAGUUUUAGUAUACAGUAUAUGGUAUGAUCAAGUUUAUUUUCUGUUCCUCUCGACUAUGCGUUGUGCAUGGUCGAAUUUCAUGUACAAUAAUUAUGCAUGCAUUGAUUCCGCGGUACUUAUAUCGCCACUUUUAAGCAUCUUUUCAACACCGUACCGAGUCUUCAAACGUGCGUUUUAUCAAAUAGACCCCACGAAGGUAGACCUCCUAACUUGUCAUCACGCGUGUUAAGGGCAAAAGUUCUGAACUUUGCCGGUAUUAAUUGUCGUAAACUCUAGCUCUGUGUUACCUUCAAGCUAGUUUCCUCAUGCAUAUGACCGAUGCCUAUGCAAUAGAAGGGAAGAGUUGAUCGUUUCGUGCUUACGGAUAGGGUGGCAAAGUACGGCUGUCAAAAUAACACGAGGUUAAUCGGUAGAAUUUUAAACUUGGCACUGAUUUAUUUUACAAAACGCUGUCUCACUAUUGUAGCUUGUUACUUAUCGAUUUUCGGAUCCGCAAAGUAACUCGACCAGUAGCACAUGGUAACAACUCUCGCAUUAUGCACUUUAUUCGCAAGCUGUCAAAACUGACAUAUUUGUGGGUGUGAAGUUCAUGUGUACACCCCGUUUACAUGUCUAUAUCAAUUCUCUCCCUUGUUGAAGAAAGAAGUUCUCCUAGUACAAUUUCAUUAUAGGUUUAACCUUUUCAACCGGCUCUCUGACCCCCCUUUUGGCUUACCCGCGUGGUUGUGCUGGCAGACACCGCAGCAACAGCGGCUGGCUGGGUUGCCGGUGUCCUCCGCGCAGGCUUAGCAGCGGGCUUUGGGGCGACGGUUGCA